AUGGUGGUUGUUUUUGCGCACUGUACGAUUUCUCACAAAUUAAAUUAUCGAGUCGGCUCCUAGCCACUCCACUCUUCCAUUUUCUCAUUCUUUCAUUCUUCCCCGUCACCCCAACCGUCUGAAAAAUACGACUGACAGUGAGUUUUGUCUCUGAAAUUCAAAAAGCUAAACGUGUUGUUCAGUGAAAGUUCUGCUCAUCGCUCUCCUCGUCGUCUGCCACUUGAGUGGUGUCGAAUCGCAAUCGAAGGUGAGCGCUGAACAUUUAAAAACCACAAAAAAAAGCACUGAAAAAGUUGUGCUUUCAGUCGGUGUUGCGUAGCCACAACCUGGCCGCUCUGGAAAUCUCGAAGAGCUCGGACGAACAGUUCAGAAGGUACAUGACGAGUUUGUGCGUGUACAGUUUCGCCUCCGUCGAAGACUAUACGAGAAAGUACCUUCUGUGGGAGAAUGCAAACUUUCUGAAUGGAAUUGAGCAAUUGUGAGUCUCGAUUAAAGCGCUCUUUUUGCCGCACCUCCGCCGCCGUCUUUUUUUUCAGCUUGUCGGAAGACGGAGAAGACGAUUUUCCACACCAAUACGUCGCGCAGGGACUCGUGAGCCAGUGCAAAGUGAACAAAGCCAAGGACGCGCACCAUCAGAAGAUCAUCGACGACGGAGAGGAGGAGAACGAGUUGUACAAUCAAAUGACGAAGCCCGCGUGGUCUCCGCUUGAAUUGUAA